AUGCAGCCUUCUCCCUCGUCUUCUAGCCGAGUGCCCCCGGGGUUCAGCCGCGUUCUCACAGUAGGGGAGGUACCCCUAAUGGCAGGAAGCAGCCAUAACAAGCAUCCAGGUGCACAAACGAAGGGGAAACAGACGUAUACAAUGCUUCUGCCUCCCACUACCACCACAAAGGGCGUGCGGGGGUAUCACGCCCUUCGCUUUGUGCGUCUGAGGCGUCUUCAUGGGCGUCAGAUGCUGCAGAAAUAUUGCUUUCUGAUAGCGAUGGGGGUGGUAGGCAUCAUGCUGCUGCUGUGGAGCGAGGUCACCUCUCCAUUGCUACAGCAGCUGCAGCAGCUGCGGCGUCACUAUUUGUAUUCGGCUGGCACUACAGCCGAAGACGUAGAGCGAUGCGAAGGUGUUGUAGGUUCCCCACGCGUAUAUGCAGAGGGGUCGCUCAUAGCCUUGUGGGGGACUGGCCGCCGGGAACUUCUCAGAGAGGCCCUGGAGAAUGAACUCCAAGGGGCCUCCAAGCCGCUGCUCUCCAUCCCGCAGCAUGAGGGGUUGCUUGGCUUGUUUGAGGUGCUAGCGAACGCAUUCAGACUCAAACAGGUGCGGUGGGCCUUAGCUGGCUCCUCCUUGGCAAGCUCGCUCUUCCGGCAUGAUUUGCUUCCCGGAGAAACUGUUUUAAGCAUCCUGGUGGAUGAACAGGACAAGAAAGCCGUUCAGGAGAGCUGUGCCAUGUACAAUCCAAUGAACGAACUCUUGAAGCCGCAAAAGUAUAUCUCCCAGACGCUUCUCUCAUGGGUUGCCGCUACGAAGACGAAGCCCAAGUUCGAGGAACAGGCCCUGAACGCGCCUUUUGGCCUGAUCCAUCUGGACACGUCAAAGGCCUCAGAGGACUUCAAUUUUCCGUCUCUUUCUGUAAGAACGUACUGGUACAAGACCGUUACUGAGAAGCCUCGUAAUGCCAAAGAGGACUGGGAACCUUAUGCCGUGAUGGGAGGAGGCCCCUCCAGGAUUACUAUGCCUAUGGGGGAAUGGGCCCCCUUUGUUGAGAGGCCGUUAGGGCUGCUUGCCGUUCCGACACCGCGCAACCCUCUGUACUACCUCACACGCCUCUACAAGACGGCCAAUCCCCUCUGCGCUUCCGCAAAACGCGAGGAGGGAGCCGCGGGAAAAGAGGCGGGCAAUGCAGACGGAAGCACAGGCAGUAGCGGCAUUUUCUCGCUGCUGCCCGCAUCGCUGGCGGCGUGUAGCGACACCAGCAGUUUCAUGAAGAGUUACUCUAUGCCGUUUGUGUCACGCGCGAAAGUGACGCCGGACUGCCUCAAGGAAUCGUUUUACCUCAACGGGGAGCUACAGCUCGAAAUUUACACAAAGUCAAGAUACACCCCGGCUCCAGAGUUCGCCUCCUGCAAAAGCGCGGAUGCAGGGACUGUAGUGGGGAAAUCUUAUGGCGGAGAUUCCUCGAUAUCUGCCAGAGGCAUGCAAGCAGGCGUUACUGGUUCAAGUGCAGCAGUAGCCGUUGUUGCAUCCAAAGGAGCAGCACGUCUCUAG